GAGGCUUCCUGACUGUGCCACUGCACUCGAGGUGAGAUCUCCGGAGGAAAGCAGGAGUCACAGCUCUAUGGCUCAGGUUUCUUCCCUUCAUUCACUCUGCAGAUCCUGGUAUUUUUAAGGAGCAUUCAUUGGAAAGCAGAUACAGUGAGAGAGAUGUGGAUCACAGCUGCCUUGUUCUACCUGCUCCUGGUGCAUCCAAGCUGCUCUCACCUAGUGCACUGGACAUACAAAGAAGGAGAGCUGGAUGAAGAGCACUGGGGAAAGCACUUUGCAGACUGUGCUGGCAAGCGCCAAUCUCCAGUUGACAUCCAGAGGAAAAAAGUGAGGUACAACCCCCAGUUGCUGCAGCUGGAGCUGAGUGGCUACGAUGGGCCUUUGCAGGGGGAUUUCACCAUGACCAACAAUGGUCACUCUGUUCAGAUUGAUUUGCCACCCACCAUGCACAUCUCCAGAGGGCUCCCUGGCCUCUACACAGCUGUACAGAUGCAUCUGCACUGGGGUGGCCUGGACCUGGAGACCAGCGGCUCUGAACACACCAUAGAUGGGAUGAGAUACUUUGCAGAGCUGCACAUUGUCCAUUACAACUCAGCUGACUACUCGAGCUUUGAAGAAGCCAAAGACAAACCAAAUGGACUGGCUGUGCUUGCCUUCCUGUACGCGGAUGGACACUUCGAGAAUACCUACUACAGUGAAUUCAUUUCCAAACUGGCAAAAAUCAGGUUUGCAGGUCAAUCGACAAAGCUCCUUUCUCUGGAUGUCCAGGCCAUGCUGCCAGAAAACCUCUCACACUUCUACAGGUACCAGGGCUCACUGACAACCCCACCUUGCUCUGAGAGUGUGAUCUGGACCAUCUUUCAUUCUCCAAUUCUCCUGUCACACACACAGAUCAGCCUCCUGGAGAACACCUUGCUGGACUGGCAGAAUAGAACACUGCGCAAUGACUACCGGCACGCACAGCCCCUCCAUGGGCGCGUGGUGGAGGCCUCCUUCAGAUCCAAACCCACCCAAGAACAAUGCCAUCCAGAAGAAUUCAACCUCAGGCUGGAACAAAUCCAGAUGCAGCUCCAAGACAUGAAGAGAGAGUUGCUGAAUGGAGGGAGCCACAUAGGUAUUAAAUCCAGCACUUUUCCAUCUUUCUACUUCCCUGCGGAAAACAUUGAGAGUUUUGUCAACAUUCAUCCCCUCCAUGAUAUGUCUCUCCAAGCCUUCACCUUAUGCUUCUGGAUCAAAGCCCAGCAUGCUGGCAGCCAGACUGUUCUUUCCUACUCCACACAAGAGAAGGAUAAUGAGCUAGUGCUGACCGUGGGCACAGAUGUGGGACUGUGGAUAGGAGGGCAUUUCAUCAGCUUCCCCCUGUACCACAAGGCACAAGAUUGGCUGCACUACUGCAUGACAUGGGCUUCCUGGUCUGGAACAGCAAAUUUAUGGCUCAAUGGAGCAGCUGGUAAAGCAAAGAGUAUCCAGAAGGGGUACGUGAGCCAGGCUGGAGGGACCCUUGUCCUUGGGAAAGACAGAGACACUCUUCUUGGGACGUUCUCCAAUGGCUUUGCAGGGUGGAUGACUCACGUGAACCUGUGGAGCCAAGUUCUCAGUCCUGCAGAUAUUCGGGCACUUGCACUGUGCAAAUCGGGGCACCUGAAGGGAGACAUCAUAGCAUGGGGAGAAACCCCCAUGGCCCUCUUGGGGGGGGUGGUUCUGGAGCCUGACACCAGCUGUCAGUGACCCCAAAUUUGGGGUUUGUUCCUUUUUUAUUAAGGCAGCAGAAAAAUCCAAACUUCUGGCUGAGGAAACGUUAAACCCUGGAUGAUUU